AUGAGAACAUUAGCCUCAGGGGUUGGAUGUUUAGGGGAGAGAGAUAGUGGCCAUACGGGAAGAAUGGGUUGGUGGAGCAACAUUAGCAAUGUGAUGGAAGAUACUAGAUGGUUGGUGGUCGACAUGUAUGUGACGGAUGUUCUGUAUCAACCUCGAAAGGGCAGCGGUGUGGCACAUGCUCUUACUCAAUUUGGCUUGAAGAAGGCUCCAGUUUCGUUUGAAUGGCACCUUGAUUUUCCUCCUUGUGGGGAUUUUUUCUUCUUCAUCGCAAUUCAAGUCAUUGUUGUUUAG